UGUUGCUUCUCUCCAAUCACCAGGACGUCGGCGAAGCCUCUCGCAUGGACUUUCUGGAAAUGGACCCAGAUUGCCGAGCUUGUCAUGCAUGGAAAGCCUAUAGAAAUCAUUGUUCAAUCGCGGAAAUCCGAUAUGAGUGGAUAUUUCCCCAUCCAAAUGGUCGCGGGCUUGUCGCUGAAGGAAGUAUAACUUGCGCCAUCCACGCUUAUAAACAGUGACUCACUCGGAUUGUACCCCUCUUCGACCAUAACAUAAAAGAGAUACGAACGACUCUGAGGUUUGGCAGCAGGAAUUGACCAAGGAAACAACUUACCCCUCAGGAUGGGUAAGACACUCGUAUACCCCAAGCGGGACUCGAACACCGUGAACAGGUACAAACAUAGAGCGACUUACGAUCUCGGCGCAAUUCACUCAAUCAUCAACUCUAGCCAAGUCCUCCAUGUCUCUUUCAACCCCGGGCCCUCUGACCCAUUCCCCGCAAUCCUACCUAUGAUUGGGCAGAUGGGAUCCUUCGAUUAUCCUUCCGCUGGUAUCGACGAGCCUCUAGAGUGUUAUCUGCACGGCUAUGUCAGUUCGCGAAUCAUGAACCUAGCACGCGCCUCCGAGGGCGAGGGAUUGCCCAUCUGUGUUGCAGCCAGCAAGGUGGACGGAUUGAUCCUUUCCCUCACGCCCAACUCACACAGUUACAACUACCGCUCUGCAAUCCUUCACGGCUACGCUACACUUGUGACCGAUGAAGCUGAGAAGCUCUGGGCGAUGGAACUCGUUACAAACUCUGUUCUUUCAGACCGGUGGAGACACUCCCGAGUUCCGCCUGACAAGGCUGAAAUGUCGUCUACCGUAAUCCUCAAGGUCAAGGUCGUGGACGGAAGCGGCAAGAUUCGCGACGGUGGUGUUUCCGACGAGAAGAAGGAUAAGGAUAACCAAGAGGUGACGGAUCGUGUCUGGACGGGGGUGGUCCCUGUUUGGGAGACUUUUGGCGAGCCCAUCCCAGAUCCUCUAAACAAAGUGGAGGCUGUUCCAGAGUAUAUAAGCUCGUACAUUGCGAGCCAGAAUGAACGGAACCGAUCGUAUGCAGCGUCGGCUAUAGGAAUACCUCUUCCCAAGGAGGAACAGCACUGAUGGCGAUAUAUAAGACUUGUGUGUGCUAUCUUGCCUGAAUAAUGAUAACUUUAACGGUUGCUAGUUUUAAUAUAUAUUUUUUCAAAUGGAGUAUUCUCGUCGCAACACAGGCUUCACUUAAGACAAGGA